CAUGCCAUACAGUUGUAUCUAUCCCGGCUGCGGUCUUAAAUGUAAAAGGUUCAAUCCGGAGACCUUCCAUGGUUUGCCGUUUCGCUGGAAUGACCCGGAGCUUAUACAACAGUGGCUUGUUGUGCUCAAAAUGGACAUCACUACGCCAGUCGAGACCCUAAAGAAGAAGCGCUACCGUGUCUGUAGCAGACAUUUCAAUGUAGAUGACUUCCAUUAUUCUACAAAAGGAAAGUUCCCCAAACAGACGACUAGAUUACACCUGAAAAGGAACACAAUUCCACGAGUGGGGCCACCGGCUGCGGACAUAGACGAGUUGCAAGACUAUCGGGUGUUGAUGAACAGACCACAGGACCAGUGCAGAAGCAUAGGUGUUCAAGUAAAUACAUCUGAGAGGUGCACUGUGACCACAGAGAAACCCGCUCCGCAGUACCUCGUUGAUGAGGAGGCCAUCAUGCAGCUGAUGAAGACCUGUCCGAUGUGUGACAGACAGUGUCGCUGUACCAAAUACACUCGCGGUCCUUGCUUCAUAGUCUACCAGAAGUGUUACUUCUGUGAUUUUCAACGCAAGUGGGCCAGCCAACCUGAUGCUGUAAACACCAACACUCGUAAGACACACAUGUCGCCCAGGAAGAAACUGAAGUCAAAUGACAAUGAACUUAAUGAGAUGAACAUUUCUGAAACCUCAAUCACAGACUCCAACUCUCCAUUACAGAGCUGUGUACCAGUGUCAGUGCUCUCUUCAGAUAUUAUUGAUGUAAAUAAAUAA